AUGCCAUUUGAGAAACAGCACUUCGUGAUCGGUAAUAACCGCAAUCUAUCCCAGUCGGAUAAACAUCUAGAGGAUAGAAAAUCAGUCUCUACUGCCUACAACGAUGGCGCGGACCAUAUUGAGACAAUGAAGCCACUUGAAAAGACUCCUUCGCGCGUCAAAAAAGCCCGUGAUAGCUGCCAAAGACACUGGCGACGUUUCUGGUGCAUUUACGCAAUCGCUAGUAUCAUAUUUCUAGCGAUAUUUCUACCUGUAUUCUUUUUGGUGGCAGUGCCGGCAAUUGCGCAGAGAAUUGUGGACAAUACAAAUCUUCCUGUUUAUGGCGCUGAGAUCCUUGAUCCGAAACCCGAAGAAGUCAGCUUUACCCUUCGGACAUCCUUGAAAAUUCCAAUGGGCCUCCGAAUCCAUACAGAUCCCCUUGAUUUGAGCCUUUUCAACAGAGAUAUUACGCCUAUGGAGCCAUAUCUCACUGUCGGACUGCCAGCAUAUAACUUGAAAGGAGAGACAGAUAUGACAGUGACAAAGAAUAACACAAAAAUUCUGAACCAUGCCCAGUUCAUUGAUACCCUUACAAAGGCUGUAUACAAUAAAAGGUUCACACUAUCCGCGAAAGGCUCUACCGUUGGCCAUCUCGGAGCUCUGAAGGCGCCAUUAACCCUGGAUAAAGACAUUGAACUAGAUGGUCUGGAUAGGCUGAGUGGAUUUUCUAUUGAAUCGGCCAGGCUUCUAUUGCCGAAGGAAGAAGACGGUACCAACAUCGUUGGUUCCGCAAAUCUCCCGAAUCAUUCCGUUUUUACAUUUGCACUUGGAAAUGUAACUCUCAACCUGAAGAGCUCGGAUCUAGUUAUUGGCCAAGCAACUAUUCAAGAUGUCUUGCUCCGCCCGGGAAACAACAGUGUAUCACUCAGGGGAACCUUGAAUAUUAAUACCGUGCUCGAUAACCUUGAGGAUAUUAUGGAAGCGCAAAGCGAUGCGCUAAAAGAUGGCGAUAUCCAACUCUCUGCCUCUGGAAACUCGACCAUAUUUAACAAAAUUCACAUUGCAUAUUACGAAGAAAUUCUGGGCAAUCUGACCCUCACCACGAGAGUAUCAGUUCUCGGGGUCUUGGGUGACACCCUUCAAGGGCUACUUGACAAUAAGAAUUCGUCUCUAGGAAAUGUCCUCCGAAACGUGACUAGCAUUGUGGGGGAUUUGUCUGGUUCAACGAAUAUUUCUUCUACCAUUCAAGCGAUGAGGGCUCUGGUUUAG